GGAAUUUUGUAGAUUCUAAUUUAGUCGCGUCUGGUUAAAAUAAGUGGAAACGAACGGCGUCGAAAUAAAUCAAUGAAUGAGGUAAAGGUAAAAAUAAAAUAAUAGUGAAAAAUUGAAUUAAGUCAAGUUUAAAACAACAAACGCCAGAGCGCGACGAAAAGUGUUACAAGUUUUUUGCGGAAAGAGAAGUAGAAGGAAGAAGAGGAAGAAAAGCUGUACAACGGGUCGUAUGAGUAUUGAGUAUUAUCACUCACACACGGACACUAUGUUGUAAUCGCAAUGCAAUUAGCAUUGCCAAGCAAAAGCUCAAGUUCACUGACAAAGAAAUCCAGAGACAGCGAGAGCGCAAGCGAGACAGGGAGAGCGAGAGAAAGAGAGAGAUAGAUGGGGUGCAUAUAUACACACAUAGGUAGUAUGCGAUAAUUUCUGUAACUGAGCGAAGCUUUACAAAUGCAAUCAAAUGACGUUAGUUGCCGCAUUGCCAGUGCGCCAGAGCGAGACAGCAAUGGCCAGAGAGUGUGAGGGAGCGGGACGGGGCGAGUGGGCAGAGAUAUGGCCACUAUAUCUCCCGACGUCGUGAGUAGGUCAGUCAACGAUCUUCGCCUGGGUUGAGUAAACCUGGCACUACAACCGGCUUUCUGUGCUUUUUCCAACUGCCUUCCGCAUUGCAAAUGUGCAUAUGGAUAUAGAUAGAUAUUCUAUGGAACACAUAUACAUAGUAUUAGCAACAAUGUCAUAUGUUUUAUACAUCAGCUUCUAUUUGCAAUAGAUGAUGGGUUUCAAUUAUUCUGCUACAUCGCAAACUGUCUACAAUUCGAUGAUGGCUUUAAAGCAGUUUGGUGCAGUUCAAUUCGUUGGGGUGAAGGCCAAAAGAGAUUGGAAAAGUAGAAUCCAUUUUCAUAUUCCAACACUCCAAUAAGCACUUACGACUUUAGGACUUAAUAUAAUCAUUUAAGUUGCUCAGAUCUGUUUAAAAGUUACUAAUGUUUAUAGAAGCGUUAUUAACUCGUCACUUCAGCAACUUUGGAUCACCCAUUCAAUCAUGUUGUAUGGAGAUUAAUGAAGUCUUCAUUUUAGAAAGUGAUUGAUAGUCUUUCCACUUGAGAUUUAUACACAAAUUAUAACAAAAAGAGACUGGACUUCUUAUAAACAGCUUUAAGAUUUCCUAAGCUUUAUAGAGGCAAUCAAACUAUUUUCUUUGACCCAAUAAUUCCAGAGUUUAUAAUUGUGCUAGUUGUAAUUGGACCGCAUUCCUCUUGGGCAAAGCUAGCUUAUUAAAUAAUAAUACCUGACACCCACUCUAUAUGUCUCUAUCUUAACUCUUUUCCUGGCUGCUUUUUUGCUUUUUUGCACUUUGCGAGAAACCAAAGCAAACCAAACCAACCGCACUAAUUGCAACACGAGCCAUUAAGCGAGUCAUUGGCAAUUAUCUGGGCAGCAUUUGAAGUCUGGGUCUGGGCCAACAGCUACUUACGGUUAACCAGCAACACUUGGCCAAAAGGAACGGGACACUUUUGGGCCUUUGAUGUGUAUUUAAAAUGUAUACAUGUGGGAAAUUAUGAGCUGCACUGCGGGUCCCUUGGUCAAACGGAGGUAAACGGAUUAAUUACAACUGGCACGGCAGUUUGCAAAGCUGUGUAAUUUUAAGCUGCUUUGCACAUUUUAAUUAAACACAGAUUUUUCGUCAAUGUGCCAGCUUUAAAUGAGUCUCCCGCUUGAACGUCAGCGGCUUUCAGGGAAUCCAGUCUCAACCCCUUUCCAACUGGUCGAAUGCAUUUAACAGGCUUGCAGAACCUUUGACAUUUGCUGAAAAGUUUUCAAGUUUUCAAGUCGUUGUUUGGCAAGAAAUUGCUUUUCGCCGAAGCCCCUCAAAUGCUGGACCGUCAAUUAAGAGUGAAUAAUUUUGCGUGCGCUAAGAAGGAUGGCUGAAGGUGCAGGAAAUGAUUGAAAAGUGUCGAAUUCAAAAAAAAAAAAGAAAUCAAUAGAAGAGAGACAGUCAGGCAAACACAAACACGGAGCAUUACGCAAUUGAUAGCGUGUAUGCCAGCUUAUUUUUAGCUGGAAAACGGACCCAGCAUCCGCACUCAAAUUCCCGCUGCAGCCAGGCAAUUGGCUGGCAGCUGCCCCACUCACACUCUAGUUUCUGGUUAAGCGCAAAGCCACCCAACCCACUACAUUCCCACUCCAAAAAAUACACCUUGCUCCAACCACCGAGCAGUGGUUGUUAUGGCAUUCGGUGAACGCAUUUUGUAACAUGACAAAAUAGCGUAGCAUACAUUUCAGGGGUUGCAAAUGUGCAACAUUGAUUGGCACGGCCAACUGGCAAAUUGGCCACGGGGCCUCCAAUUGGUUCGCUUGCGCAGGCGCAGCUUAUGAGUAUUCUUAUAAUUACAUAACCUGGCGAUAACCGAUUCGAAAAGGAUGCUGCUGUGCCACUUGGCGAAACCAAAAGCGAAACCGAAACAGAACCACAACUGCACUUGUUGCUGGCACAGCGCGGCGUUUGGCACUAAUUUUCGGAACAAAAAAAACGCGUCGGGAAAAGAACUUGCAACAAAGUUACAAAAAUAAUCAAUUAGUAUAAACAUAAACCUUUGCAGUUAUACAAAAUGUGGCAUAUUGAGCAUAUGGAAAUCAAUUGUUGCGUUAACAUUACCUGAACUUUUGAACCAAAAACCAAGGGCACAUAUGAACAAAAUGAUGUGAGCGUGUAAUUCAACUUUGUGGCAUUUGUGAGCAAGUCUUCAAAAGAAGUGGAAGUUUCGAACUUUCUACGGUUCUUUCUCGGUUUCUAAUUCGCAUUUAUACCGGCACUAGUUUAAUUAUUGUGCGGCUGGAAGUGGACUAUCCUACAGAACCGAAAAUGGACGACGAGAGCGACGACAAGGAUGAUACAAAAAGCUACCUUUGCAGGAAAUCGCGUAAUCUCAGCGAGAAGAAGCGGCGGGAUCAGUUCAACUCGCUGGUCAACGAUCUGAGCGCCCUCAUAUCCACCUCCAGUCGAAAGAUGGACAAGUCCACGGUGCUCAAGUCCACGAUUGCCUUCCUGAAGAAUCAUAAUGAGGCCACCGAUCGCUCCAAGGUUUUCGAAAUACAACAGGACUGGAAGCCCGCGUUCCUCAGCAACGAUGAGUACACUCAUCUCAUGCUGGAGUCCCUCGAUGGUUUCAUGAUGGUCUUCAGCAGCAUGGGCUCCAUCUUCUACGCCUCGGAAAGUAUUACCUCCCAGCUGGGUUAUCUGCCGCAAGAUUUGUACAACAUGACCAUAUACGACCUGGCCUACGAGAUGGACCACGAGGCGCUGCUGAACAUCUUCCUGAAUCCCACGCCGGUAAUCGAGCCCAGACAGACGGACAUCAGUUCCAGCAACCAGAUCACCUUCUACACCCAUUUGAAACGCGGCGGCAUGGAGAAAGUGGAUGCCAAUGCCUACGAGUUGGUCAAAUUCGUGGGCUACUUUCGUAACGAUACCAACACCUCGACGCCCACCAGUGCAGAGGCAUCGAAUGGCUCAAAUGGACAACCUGCGGUGCUGCCGCGCAUCUUCCAGCAGCACUCCAAUGCCGAGGUGGACAAGAAGCUGGUUUUCGUGGGCACGGGACGCGUACAGAAUCCGCAGCUGAUCAGGGAAAUGAGCAUCAUCGAUCCCACCAGUAAUGAGUUCACCUCGAAGCACAGCAUGGAGUGGAAGUUUCUGUUUCUGGAUCACCGAGCACCGCCGAUCAUUGGAUAUAUGCCCUUUGAGGUUCUGGGCACUUCCGGCUAUGAUUACUACCACUUCGAUGACCUGGACAGCAUUGUGGCGUGCCAUGAAGAGCUGAGGCAAACGGGUGAGGGCAAGUCCUGCUACUACAGAUUCCUCACGAAGGGCCAGCAGUGGAUAUGGCUGCAAACGGACUACUAUGUGAGCUACCACCAGUUCAACUCCAAGCCGGACUACGUGGUCUGCACCCACAAGGUGGUCAGCUAUGCCGAGGUUCUCAAGGAUUGUCGCAAGGAUGGCCAAAAGUCCGGCAAUAGCAGCAGCAGCACCACCAACAAUGGCAGCAGCAAAGUCAUUGCCUCCGCGGGAACCAGCAGCAAAUCCGCAUCUGCCACCACAACACUGAGGGACUUCGAGCUGAGCAGCCAGAAUCUGGAUGGCACAUUGCUGGGCAAUAGUCUCGCCAGUUUGGGCAAUGAAACGGCAGCCACCUCACCCGCCGUCGACUCAUCGCCCAUGUGGUCCGCCUCGGCGGUCCAACCGUCUGGUUCCUGCCAAAUAAAUCCGCUGAAGACAUCGCGUCCCGCCUCAAGUUAUGGGAAUAUCAGUUCCACAGGCAUUUCGCCGAAGGCCAAGCGAAAGUGCUACUUCUACAACAACCGGGGAAAUGACUCGGAUUCCACGUCCAUGUCCACGGAUUCGGUCACCAGUCGGCAGUCCCUAAUGACGCACGUCAGUUCGCAAAGCCAACGGCAGCGAUCGCAUCACCAUCGAGAAAAUCAUCACAGUCAGUCACAUCAUCACAUGCAGCAACAACAGCAGCAGCAGCAGCAACAACAGCAGCAACAACAACAGCAGCAACAGCAGCAGCAUCAGAAUCCGCCGCAGCAACAUCAGCAACAGCAGCAGCAGCAACUGCAGCAGCAGCUGCAACAUACAGUGGGCACUCAAAAAAUGGUGCCCCUCCUGCCGCUUGCGCCCACGCAAAUUAUGACUGGAAAUUCGUGUCAGUUCCCGCAACCCGCCUAUCCGCUGGCUAGUCCCCAACUGGUGGCACCCACAUUUCUGGAGCCGCCACAAUAUCUCACCGCCAUUCCCAUGCAACCAGUGAUCGCUCCGUUUCCGGUGGCGCCAGUUCUUUCGCCACUGGCGCAACCACAACCGGAUAUGCUGCCCGACACGGUGGUGAUGACGCCAACGCAGAGUCAGUUGCAGGAUCAGCUGCAGCGUAAGCACGACGAGCUGCAAAAGCUGAUCAUGCAGCAGCAGAAUGAGCUGAGGAUCGUCUCGGAGCAGCUGCUCCUCUCCCGCUACACAUAUCUGCAGCCCAUGAUGUCGAUGGGUUUCGCACCGGGCAACAUGACAGCAUCAGCGGUGGGCAAUUUGGGUGCAGGUGGCCAGCGGGGCAUGAACUUCAGCAGCAGCAAUGCAGUGCAGCCGCAGUUCAAUCAGUAUGGCUUCGCGCUGAACUCGGAGCAGAUGCUCAACCAGCAGGAUCAGCAGAUGAUGAUGCAGCAGCAGCAGAAUCUGCACACGCAGCACCAGCACAAUCUGCAGGCGCAGCAUCAGAGCCACUCGCAGUUGCAGCAACACAGUCAGCAGCAAAGUCAGCAGCAGCAACAGCAGCAGCAGCAACAACAGCAACAGCAGCAGCAGCAGCAACAGCAACAGCAGCAGCAGCAACAACAGCAACAGCAGCAACAGCAGCAACAGCAGCAACAACAACAGCAGCAACAGCAGCAGUUACAGCUGCAGCAACAAAAUGAUAUCUUACUGCGCGAGGACAUCGAUGAUAUAGACGCCUUCCUCAAUCUAUCACCGCUGCACUCGCUGGGCUCGCAAUCCGCCAUCAAUCCCUUUAACUCCGGCAGCAAUAACAACAAUCAAAGCUUCAAUGGCGGCGGUAAUCAGAAUAAUGGCAACCAGAGUAGCAACAACAAUCGCAGUACAAAUCCCCCGCAAAAUAACAAUGAGGACUCUCUGUUGUCCUACAUGCAAAUGGCCACCGAAUCGAGUCCUUCGAUCAACUUUCACAUGGGCAUCAGCGAUGAUGGCUCCGAAACGCAGAGCGAGGACAACAAGAUGAUGCACACUUCCAACAGCAAUCUGGUGCAGCAGCAGCAGCAACAGCAGCAGCAACAACAGCAGCAGCAACAACAGCAGCAGCAACAACAACAGCAGCAGCAGCAAAUCCUGCAGCAGCAGCAGCAACAGCAAUCAAACAACUUUUUCAGUUCGAAUCCCUUUCUCAACAGUCAGAAUCAGAACCAAAAUCAGUUGCCAAACGAUCUGGAAAUAUUGCCAUACCAGAUGUCCCAAGAGCAAUCACAGAAUCUAUUCAACUCGCCACACACAGCACCGGGCAGUAGUCAAUAGUUGGUACCCACUGUAUAUAACUCUCUUUAGCGAUAGGAAAAGAUCCACAUAGUUGUGUAUUAUCAAGUUUGGCCUCUGGCUCUCUUUAUCGAACCUCCUCCUCUAUCGGAAGUCCAGAGCUAGUUGUAGAUCUCAACAGACUGAGUAUUGUCCCACCCCGCCCCCUUCAUGUGUUAUAUAUAUCACAUAGGUACAUAUAGUACUAUAGAAAAGUUCUCAAAAAAAUCCAUUUUAAGUAGCUUCUAAAUCGUUGUACAUAAUGGUAUGUUUAGUUUGUAGCGAAAGCCCAUCGUUUCCAUGGGUUAGUCUUUAUCCAGUAAGUGCCAUAGAGGCGCCAAAAGGGAUCUCUGAUACGAAAUCGAACCUUAAAGCCUAAUCCUAAGUUAUUUGUAUUCUAAUUUACUGAGCAGCGACUAACUAGCGAACGAGUUGAGCAAAGCUAAUCCAAUUCCAUAUUAUUUUCAAGACUGGGCUUCAUCAUCGAGGUCGAAAAUUAUAUUUAUCGUACGAUUUAGUUUUAUUCUGUACAUGAUUAUAUAUAACUCAAAACUCAGGUUGAGAUUGCAACUGACAUUUAUUUCGCUGUGAACAUAUUCCCAUAAGUUUUCUUUAGGCCCGAUCUUUUCCGACAGCUGAAAUACUGAAUUACUGAAAUAUCAUUAGUUCAAUCGUUAUUCCCCAUUUACCAAUGCAUUCAUAUUUUGCUGUUGGAAAAGUUCGUUCGAAUAUGCUUCGAUCUGCAGCUGAUAAAGAGCCAAAUGCUUUAAAACUUAGAACUUGUAAAUGGAAAGAAACUAUCUUAAACUCAACUACAACUACCUUAAUAAUUUUAGUUACUCAAUGUUUAAGAAUUGUACAUACCUAUACAACGAGUCGGUAGAACUUGCUUAAGCCUGUAAAUACGCGUACGAUGAGGAUACUAACAUAUAGACGCCCUUUGUACAUAACUGUUUAUAUGUUUUUCAAAAGAGCUCAACAAAAACAAAUCCAAUUGAACAUGCUAAUCAAACCAAAAAAUCAAGAACACUAUCGAUACCGAGUUGUAAUAAAGCAAAACAAAAAACAGUUACGAAAACUUAA